UCCCGGUUUCGGUCGCCACUUUCUCGUCUCCGUACGAUUUACAAUAUCGCACAAGUUGAGUGGCUUCAGUGACAUUUUUCGGAAUUAUUUCAAAUUGUCGUGUGUGUAUAUUGACUUUUAUGUUGUAUAAAUCAACUUAUAAGUUAUUGUAAAAUCUUAUAUACUUGACUGUGAAUUUCUAUAUCGUUCAAUUUAAAGUGAUCAAAGUUUGUUAAAAAUUAUUGGUUUUACAGGAAUUUUUACAUGGAAAGGAUUUAAUUUUAAUUAAGAAAAUGGGACGCAGAUACCCCAGCGACCGCCAACUGAAGCGGUAAAAGAACGCCUGUGGCCACUUAGCGUGACCCAACCGAAGAAAAUAUGUAUGCUAUAAGGCCUCUAGUUGCUUCCAAUAUUAGGCCUAGUAGCGUUUUUGAAGUCAUUAAUAGCACUGAGUCUCUAGUAGAAAAUGUAAACAUAACGAGGACUAACAAAAGUUUUAAUGACGAAGAGUUUAUAUUUGAUAGAACUGAUGUUCGCGCUAUAUUUAUUACGUUAUACACAAUCGUCUUCUGUUGUUGCUUCUUUGGUAACCUGCUGGUGAUUUUGGUUGUAACACUUUCAAGGAGACUUCGGUCAAUAACCAAUUUCUUUCUAGCUAAUUUAGCAGUGGCAGAUUUAUGUGUGGGUGUGUUCUGUGUCUUCCAGAAUCUAACGAUUUAUCUUAUACCGAGCUGGGUGUUCGGUGACUUUCUUUGCAAGAUGUACCAGUUCGUUCAUUCGUUAAGCUACACAGCGUCAAUCUUCAUACUCGUUGUUAUUUGCACAGAGAGAUAUUUUGCCAUUAUACACCCUAUAACGUGUAAACAAAUCCUUACAUCUACGAGGCUGAGGCUAGUGAUUCUCGGUGUUUGGAUAACGAGUGCUGCAUACAGCGCUCCAAAAUUUAUAUGGGUUGAGACAAUACCAAACAAUUUGGGGAACGGCCGUAUGGAGACCAUCUGUAUAUCGCAUCGAAGAAAAUACAACUCGGAACUUUUCGACAUGGUCAACUUUGGAUUGCUCUACGUGACGCCAUUAUGCGUGAUGACGGUUUUAUAUACAAGGAUUGCAGUGGGUCUGUGGCAAAGCUCCAAUAGCCUGCAGCAACUUGGUAGAGUCCAGUGCUGUGCGACUCAGUGCCCGCGUGUGGAGAAAAGCGCGCAAACAAACUUUGAGCCCCAACGAACGUUCAUCGGCACCACUGAAGCCAAGAAAACCAUAUCAAUGAACGUCAAAAUCAACAAUCAGAAGAAAUGCCGUAAACAUGAAUCACGAGAUUGCCACCAUCUCAGCCAUUUGUCGCGUAACGUGCUUCGUGCGCGGCGAGGCGUCGUGCGGAUGCUCAUCGUAGUCGUUCUCACAUUCGCAAUAUGCAACUUGCCCUUCCACGCUCGGAAAAUGUGGCAAUAUUGGUCCAGUGGCUACCAAGGCACCAGCGACUUCAGCACUUUGCUCACACCACUCACGUUUCUCAUAACAUACUUCAACUCAGGCAUAAACCCUCUACUAUACGCGUUUCUGUCGAAAAACUUCAGAAAAGGCAUGAAGGAACUAUUAUGUUGUAAAUAUUACGCAAAGAGGAAAAGUGAGAAUUUAAUCUUACUUAAUCCCGUUGGAGGCGGAGUGCUGAGGCGAAGCUCGACUCGUUCGACCCGCGCCAAUUGCAGCACAGUCACUAUGGCACCUAAUGCGGACUCAUGAGAUUUGCGUCGCCGGCGUUUCCUCUACAAAGUGGAGAAUAUGGAUAUUUCCUGAUUAACGGAGAGCACUGACGAGGUAACCGACAGUAGCGGAUUUUACACCGUCUCCACUAUAUCAAAACGUGAUUUGUAUGAUUAAAGUAGAUCUAACGAUUUCGGACAUUUAAGACGUAACGAUUAAUUAUAAUUCUAAUAAAAAACUCUUUAAGAAAUAAUAGAAAUUAGUGAUCUCAUGAGCUUAAAAUACUAUUUUUUAUUACUGUAAAUGCAUGCAUAUUUUAAUAUCAUAUCAUAAGUGAUUCGUUAACUUUAGAAACGUACAAAAUUAAAUAGGUAUAA